GCCAGCCUCCGAGCCUCCCGCGGGAGAUCCGGCCUGCACUCGGCGUUCAGCGCGCAGUAGUAUGGCGGCCUGUGCGGGGAUGUCUGGCGGGAGCUCUCUGCCUUGGCCUCGAGUGUUGCUUUUCGGGGACUCCAUCACUCAGAUCCGCCGUCAGUGUCAGCAUCAGGGCAGUAAGAACCUCUCAGGGACCUUGGGAAUGUGUGUAUGCAGUGUCCACCCGAGUUACGUCUAAGGAAGCAGUGGCCGGUCCCCCUGGGAGCGUGGACCCGUUUCUUGGCUGCACGCACAGAAGAUGUGAUGUUCUGAAUCGUGGAUUUUCAGGUUACAACACCAGAUGGGCCAAAAUUAUUCUUCCAAGACUAAUCAGGAAAGGGAACAAUUUGGACAACCCAGUAGUAGUUACAAUUUUCUUUGGCGCCAAUGACAGUGCACUAAAAGAUGAGAAUCCCAAGCAGCACAUUCCCCUGGAAGAGUAUGUUGCAAACUUAAAAAGCAUGGUGCAGUACCUGAAAUCAGUGGAUGUCCCUGAGCAUCGAGUCAUACUCAUCACGCCACCUCCGCUUUGUGAAACAGCCUGGGAAAAGGAGUGCAUCAUGCAAGGUUGGAAAAUAAAUCGCUUGAACUCCGUUGUUGGUGAAUAUGCCAGUAUGUGUUUACAAGUGGCUCAAGACUGUGGGACUGAUGUUCUUGACCUAUGGACCAUGAUGCAGAAAGACAAUGAGGACUUCUCAUCCUACUUAUCCCCUGACGGACUACAUCUAUCACCAAAGGGAAAUGAAUUUUUGUUUUUACACCUCUGGCCUCUGAUAGAGAAGAAGGUCUCUUCUCUGCCUUUGCUGCUUCCUUACUGGAAGGAUGUAGCAGAAGCACAACCUGAACUAAGUCUACUGGGAGAUGGAGACCAUUAGUCAAUUCUAGGAAAURCAAGUCUGGUUGUUAAUUUAUAGAUUGAAGUUGGUGAUUAUAACAUAUAGAUUCCAAAGCAAUUGAGUGCAGAAUAUUUUUUUCUCAAGCUUAAAAUUCCUCCUCACUAUGCUGGACCAAAACACCAAUUUUUGCCACUAAUGUUUAUAAUAAAAGUUUUGAGAUUCUUCAGGGAAGCUUUGUAAGUUGAGCAGAUUCUGUUUUGAUAAAUGUUUAUUGACUGGUGCAAGUAUCAUCAGUGCCAUCCUGAGCAGUUUGUUAAUCCUAU